CAGGAAGGAUUCACUCCAUGAAUGAGCUGCUAGAUGUCCAAGCGGAAGAGACUUGCCGUGUUUUCAUACUCACAAGAUGUCAUGUCUGGUUUGGGGUGUGACUGUUAGCCAUAACGAAAUCUUUAAUCCUUUUAGAUAAAAAAAAGACAUAUUGUGAUUGGGGUGGUAGUUCUGAAAACAUGGUAAGAUGAAGCGACACGGAGAUGCUAACCUCCAUCUAACUGUGCAUUACAAGCUAGCUGAAGCUAACGGUUAGCUGUUGUGUUGUUAUGAAGCAUAAAAGCUACGAGGGGAACGAUGCUUAUAAGAGGAGGAAGGUGUAGUACAAGUGUGAAAUGGAGGCAGUGAGGAUGGUCACAGCUGGCUGAGGUUCACGCACUGACCCCGCAGGUACAAUCCAGGCUGAAAAGAAACAGAAGCCAUGAAAGAAGAGUACAGGGCAGAGGGUGGAGGCGAGGCUCUGUUUGAGGACCCGGACUUCCCCUCUGACGACACGUCCCUGUUGUCUGACAGCUCCACGCCCAUCGGCAGGCUGAAGGGAGACGUCACUUGGCAACGCCCACAGGAGAUCUGCCAGUCGCCAGCUUUCUUCCCUGACAACAUCAACCUGGGUCACGCAAAGCAAGGCUUAUUAGGAGACUGCUGGUUUCUCUGUGCCUGCACCGUCUUGCUAAAGAACAAACAUCUACUCAACAAGGUGCUGCCUCCAGACCAGCCCCAGUGGGGUGACAGCAGGUACAGGGGCUCCUUCCAGUUUUGUUUCUGGCAGCAGGGACACUGGACAGAGGUCACCAUCGAUGACCGUCUGCCCUGUAUCAAUUCCACUCUCUGCUUCUCACGCUGCCACUCCCCCACUGCCUUUUGGGUGGCCCUGUUGGAGAAGGCCUAUGCUAAGCUACAUGGCUCAUAUGAGCGACUAUGGGCAGGGCAGGUGGCCGAGGCCUUGGUGGAUUUGACCGGGGGCCUGGCGGAGCGCUGGAACUUGGAAGACGGUGGGUCAGAGGAGGAGCAGAGACAAGAACAGGAUAGCGACCAGGUCAGGAGGCGAAAGUUGGACCUGAACCUUCUGUAUCCAGUGAAAGACCAGUGUGCGAUAAGCUGCUCCACUCACAGCAGCCCCGGAGGUGCCAGCGAACUGGGUCAGUACCAUGCCAUGACUGUCAUGGAGUGGUUGAAUGUGAAGACGGUGUCAGGGAGUGAAGUACUGCUGCUCAGGAUCCAAAACCCCUGGGGAAGAUGCUGCUGGGGAGGGGCCUGGAUAGGAAAUGGAGCUGGUUGGAGCUCUGUCGAUCCUGUUUCUGCUUUGGAUCUACAAGCCAGGGUGGCCGAGGGCGAGUUCUGGUUGGAUGAGACUGAAUUCCUGUCCCAGUUUGAUGAUGUCACAGUGGGCUACCCCAUCAGUGAUGAGGGGCACCUAAAGAGCAUCUAUACUGGAAAUCUGCUGACACACAGCCAUCAGCUGGCUGGCCGAUGGACAAAAGGCCACUCCGCCGGUGGCAGCCGAAAUAGCAGCAGCUACGGCAGCAACCCUAAGUUCUGGCUCAAAGUGUGUGAGAGAGGAGAGGUGCUGAUAUCCCUGCAGCAGCAUAGAAAAUGGAGAAACACGGAGAAGUACGCACAAACGGCACUCGAGGAAAGAAAGAACACAGCACACCAGCACUACCAGGCUAUCGCUCUACACAUGUGGAAGGUGGAGAAGAAGCGUUUUAAUCUCAGCCAGAUGUUGAACAAACCUACUUGUGCUUCUACUCACUGCCAUGCCUAUGAGAGAGAGGUGGUCCUCCACAGACAGCUAGAACCCGGAUACUACCUGGUGAUCCCCAGCACCUACCAGCCAGGAGCUGAGGCCCGCUUUCUCAUCAGGGUCUUUUCUUCGUCUUCCACAUCCCUCAGUGCCAUGAAAAGCCCAGCACCUUCACUGCCAUUAACAACAGAUGGAGAGUGGGAGACCACUUACUUCCAGGGCUCGUGGAUGGAAGGAAGGACGGCUGGAGGAAGCAGGAACUUCCUGUCUCACUGGCAGAACCCAUGCUUCCCUUUUACAGUGUGUGAUGAGUCAGCAGUGUCAUCGGGAGUUAAUGUCAAGAUUACCUUGCACCAGAGCCGCCCUGACACUGAUCUGCACCCUAUUGGCUUCCACAUUUAUAAGUUCCAAGAAGGCAAAUCUGAACAGACAUUACCCAGGGACGAGGAUCCUGUGGCCAGUUGUGUCCCUCACUGCUACACCCAGGAUGUCAGUCUGGCCUGCUGUCUUUCUCCCGGAGCUUACACCAUAGUGCCGUCCACAUAUCAGCCUGACUGCUCAGCAAGCUUCACCCUCAGCCUGGCUCGCAGAAUACACAGGAAAGUGGUGAAAAGCCAGGAGAGGCUUGGACGGGCCAUUCAGGAGAUCUCUCACAUCUCUGUGAUGCAAAGCUAGUUCUCUGGGACAGCAGCUGCUCCACUGACGUCGGCCCACCUUCCCGUGCCUCUUGGCCCAUGAAAAAAGAAUCAGUUCUCUCAUCCACCCUCACCAUGGAGGCUAUAUGUGUGUGCAUGGAUGUAUCCCACCAGUGGCUGAAAAGGCAGGCAGGCAGGCAGAUUUAGCCCUUUAUCCUGAACCGCUGAGGCUCUGGGCUGAUGGGCAGCCACACACUCAUCGGCGAUUAGGACAUCAGAGGUUGUCGGUGGGCUGGGCUGCUAAUGAAGUAUGACGGGACUGGCUGGUGUAAACAAACAGCCACCAUUGAAGAGGGCCGCCGUGGCUCUUGCUCAUUCACUCACUGGUGCGCCUGCCGGCUCAGAACAAAGGGCCCUCUCAUGAAGGUCCUCAAAGAGGCACAGGGGGCGAGGGGAUGGUGUCCCGACAGCAGAGCCAACCAAACCACACCACACCAUACCGUGCCAUACCAUGCCAGAGCCUUCCUCCCAUCCCUCACCCGCAGACACUCUGCUUCUUACCUAGUCUGUAACCACAGACCCAGUCAGUCCAUCAUCCCCAAACCUGCUCACCAGAUCCAGACUAACACUAAAGUCAGGCUGGACCUAAAAAAGUCCACUUAAAGUGGUGAUUCUCUCUGACCAAUCAGUAGUCUGCUGUGUUUUCACGUCACAUUUAGUAUCGCCUCAGCUCGCUUGGAACCUUGACGGAGGUCAUACAAAAAAAAGUACCAGGGAACAGGUACAAGUACAACUUUUCCCUGAUGGAAAACCAAGAAAGGAGAAUAGAGUGGAGGCGAGUUGAGCUGGUUCCAUUCAGUGGAAAAGGGGCUUAUGCUCCUGACUCCAUCCCCCCCCUCCCUUUUUGUCCCCCCAGACUCGGUCCAUAGCUCUGCUUGGACCUGAACAGAGCCGCGGUUUGAAGUUGCCGCAAGAACAGAUGACAAGUGGAUGGAUGGAAGAUUGAAACGAAGGAUGCGGCACAUCAGAAGAAACCGAUUCACAUGAAGAAGUUGCCAGUCCUUUUUGUGUUGAGGCUGCGAAUGUGAGGUCGUGUGUGUGCGUGUGUGUGUGUGUGUGUGUGUGUGUGUGUGUGUGUGUGUGUGUGUGUGUGUGUGUCUGCCUGCUCGCACCUGCGUCUGCGUGUUGAAGUCACAGGGUUUAAGAUUCAUUAGAGCCACUGUUGAAAGAGACUUUAACAAAGCUAUAUUUAACUGAUUGAGUGGUACUGCGCUGUGUAUUUAUUAUGUUUGGUUUGUGACAAAUAAAAUGUGAAACAUAA